AUGUUGUCAUUAUUUGGUUUUACCCAACGUGCUUCUAGUAUUCUAAAAUCAAAUUGGUUCUUGCUCUUUGCAGCACUUAUGCUGAUUAUUUGCUCUACUUGUGUUCAUUCGAAAUCAAUUGAUGUUGAUCAACUACCAGAACAUCAAGUGGUCGAUAAUUACUAUCCAAAUAUUUUCUUUGCUGAUGAUUCAGAUUUAGUUGUACGAGCAUCCCCGCGUCUUGGCCGCGCUUCGCCUCGACUUGGCCGUGCUUCACCUCGACUUGGUCGACGCGCACAUUCACGCUUAAAUAAUGCCGGCCGAUACUACAAUGGUGAUGACGAUGCCGUAGAUGAUUAUCAAAAUGACGUCGAUUCUUCGAUGCCAGAACGACGAGCUUCGCCGAGACUUGGCCGCUCUGUUUAA